UGACCCGUAUGUCCACGUACGGAGAAAACUGUGAGAAACUGACAGUGAAAUGUUGCCUACUGAACCGUAAAAACUGAAAUGGGUGCAACGCGGUUAUAUUCUUCUUUUGUCAUGUCACAAACCGGGUUUCAGUCAAGCCCGUAAAUAUUCCUAAUCAAUGAAGUAACUUGGACAGUCUUUCAGAAUCCAGUGUCACCUUUAUUUAAAAAACCAAGCACUCGGGGUCUCAAACUAACAAUCGGUCCAUGGAGGCAGGCCUGCGGGUAGUCAGGGGACCAACCUGGAAAUGGUCCAAUCAGGACGACGGCGAGGGUCACGUGGGCACGGUGGUGGAGAUCGGCAAAGCCGGCAGCACCAGCUCCCCGGACAAGACGGUGGUGGUGCAGUGGGACAGCGGGACCAGGACCAACUACCGGACCGGGUACCAGGGAGCCUAUGACUUAGCACUGUAUGAUAACGCUGUCGUAGGUGUCAAACACCCGAACAUCAUCUGCGACACGUGCAAGCGGCACGGCAUCAAGGGAAUGCGCUGGAAAUGCAUGGACUGCCACGACUAUGACCUGUGCACUAUUUGUUACAUGAGUGACAAGCACGACCUGACGCACCCCUUCAUGCGCUUUGUCACCCAGAACUCAAUAGGUGUUAGGGUCAGCAAGCGCCAGUCUGCCACCAAGUUGCCCCUGAGAGGCUUGUUCCCGGGGGCAAAGGUCGUGAGAGGGCCGGACUGGGACUGGGGCAAUCAAGACGGCGGGGAGGGCAAAAUUGGCAAGAUCACGGACAUCCGGGGCUGGGACGUGGAGUCCGGCCGCAGUGUAGCCAGCGUCACGUGGUCGGAGGGCGGGACCAACGUCUACCGGGUCGGCCACAAGGGAAAAGUGGACCUGAAGUACACCCAGGAUGCCAUCGGGGGAUAUUACUACAAGGAGCACCUACCCAAGUUGGGCGAUGACCUACAGACCGUCCCAAUGCAAGAUGGGAAGGCAUUGUUGACCUUCAACGUCGGCGAUAAGGUCAAGGUCAUCUUAGAAGAGGAAGUCUUGAAGGCCAUGCAGGAGGGCCAUGGAGGCUGGAACCCCAAAAUGGCCGAGUAUAUUGGCAAAGUGGGCUUUGUACACAGGGUGACAGAGAGGGGCGACAUCAGGGUCCAGUAUCCUACCAAUCACAUCAGGUGGACGUUCCAUCCGGGCUCAUUAAACAAGGUGGAUUGUUACGCCUCGGGGGACAGAGUCAGGGUCAGCACCAACGUCACCCUUGUCAAGAAGCUACAGACUGGGCACGGGGAGUGGAGCGAAAACAUGAAAGAAACUCUUGGCAAGACAGGGAAGGUCAUCAAGGUCUACCCAGACGGUGAUCUGAGAGUUUCCAUCAGUGAUCACGCCUGGACCUUCAACCCGUCAUGUGUCUCGCCGGUGGACCCGGACGCGCCAGACCUGAACAACACGCUGAUAUCAGAAAGAGACGAGGAUCAAUCAGGCAGUCUUCACCUAGCACUGGAUCAGAUCUUAUCUCACCCAGCCAACAGCGAGGUACCGGCCAAGCUAGUCAGUGAGGCAGCUCAGGGCAACAAGUUGGCAGUGGCUGAAAUUCUCAGCAAGCACUCCGAUUGGGUCAACUGUAAGAAUUCUGGGAAGACAGCUCUGCAGGUGGCCAGCCACCAGGGUCACCUGGAGGUCAUCAAGGUCCUGCUGAUGAGCAAAGCCAGUCUGGAGGUACAAGACCAGGAUGGGGACACUGCGCUGCACUAUGCCGUCUUUGGGAACCAGCCGGACGUAGCUCAGUAUCUCCUCAACAAGAAAGCCAAGAUAGACGCGGUGAAUAACGGCCAGUGCAGCAGCCUACACGUGGCCGUCAACAAGAGCUUCACGGCGUGCGUCCGCGUGCUGCUCAGACACAAGUGCAACAUCAACCUGCAGGAUUCCUACGGCGACACGGCCCUACACGACGCCAUCGCCAAGAACUGCAAGGACAUCAUUGACAUGCUGACGGAGGUGGACGGGGCCGACUUCACACUGACAAACCAACGAGGCUUCAACGUCAUUCACCAUGCUGCCUUGAAAGGAAACCACUAUGCCACAGAGAAGCUUGUCGUGAAAGCCCGGCAGUUAGUCAACCUGAAGAAGGACGACGGCUUCUCAGCACUUCAUCUUGCCGCCUUGAACGGACACGGGGACGUCGCCGAGGCGCUCAUCGCAAAGGGCCAGGCCGACAUUGACAUCCAGAACAAUCGCAAGCAGACCCCACUGCUCUUGACGGUAGGCCAGGGGCACACCGCUGCCUUAGAGCGCCUGGUGUCCAAAGGAGCUAACAUCAACGCUGAGGAUGAGGAUGGAGACACUUGCCUGCAUCUUGCCUUGAUGAGACAGAGCGUCUACGCCGUGGCUGACAGCACGCCAAUCUUAUCCAAAAUUCGUUCGUCACUACCUCCUAGCAACAACAACAUUGGCACCGGGCCAGCAGUUGCCUGCUACCUGACAAUAGAGGGCGCCGAUCUCAAGCACCGCAACCACCAGGGCAAGACGGCCCUUGACCUAGCCACUGCUUGUCAGUUGGACAGUCUCCUCAAGCAAUGUGCUGAACUCCGACAAAGGAGGCUAGGAGAAACGCCCAAGACCCCUCCCAACGUGAAACAAAAACCCACACGGCCCAAACCAGCCACGGCACCUCUGUUAUCAUCUUCGUCCGGAGAUCACGCGGCGAGCAGGGCACCAGACCCAGUGUCUGAUAUGGAGACGGACGGCGGCAACCUGCAGGCCAUCAUGACCCAGUGCCGCAUGUGCCAGAACCCGGCCAACUGCCGGUUCAAGCCCUGUGGGCACCAGGCCGCCUGCAUGGAGUGUGCUAAGCUGUUCCAGAAGUGCUUCAUCUGCAAGGAAACUGUGAAGGAGGCUUACAAAGUGGAUGGGACCAGCAAGUGCGCCCUCUGUAGUUCAAGAAAUGCGGACGUCACGUUCAGACCUUGCGGCCACAGGACGGUAUGUCAAGAAUGUUCCCACAGGGUGAAGGAAUGCACAGUCUGUAAGCAGCCUAUCCUAGAGAAACUGGGAAAUGACGGCCACCAAGUCGCCACUCGCCGAGGUUCCGGGUCCGUGUUUUCGGCCUCGCCUAGAGGGAGCCCCUCAACCAAACCCAGGCAGAAAGAUGCCCCCACGUCCUCCAACCCCGUCUCCCACCGGGAGGUCCAGGAGCUCAAGCAGCGCAUGCAGGAGAUGGAAGACGCCCAGCUCUGCAACAUUUGCAUGGAGCGCAAGAAAGACACGGCCUUCCUGUGCGGCCACAGCACCUGCAAGAAAUGCGCCAAGCCCCUCAAGCAGUGCCCCAUCUGCCGGAAACCUAUCACCAAGAAGAUUGCCCUUUUCACGGGAUGAACAGAAAAA